AUGCAGCAGUCUCUGAGCCACGAGCUACAGCACCAUUCAAGUCUGGACGAGCAGCAGCAUCAACAGCACCUCCAGCAUGGCCAGCACGCACAGCACCUUCAGCAGCCUACGCCAGUGACGAGCCAUCCGACGAGCAACGCCAAUCACUCUCAGCCACCGACACAGAAUUCCACUCCAGAACAGACGCAGAAGACGAACCGACUACGAAAAGCAUGCGAUUCAUGCAGUAUCCGCAAAGUCAAGUGUGACGAGACCGGCCCACCAUGUAGAGCUUGCGCGGCGUUGGACAUCCCAUGCACAUUUGAGCGACCCAGCCGACGGAGAGGACCACCAAAUCGACACGCCGAGGCAGUGAAGCGACGCCGUCUGGAAGAAGCAGGUGGCUCUCCAGCUCUUUCGGGACACUCCUCCCCGACUUCACCCACACACGCUGCGCAAGCAUUGACGGCGCUCGCUUCGCACUCCUCCGCGCCUCUCUCCGCCGAGUCCAUCUGCCCGAUCGAGACCAUCGACCUCCUCAUCGACGACUUCUUCACCUACAUCCACCCGCUGUGCCCUUUCCCGCACGAGCCGAGUUUCCGCGAAGCUUGGAAGCGCAGAGAAGACUUGAGCAACCGAUCCUUCCUCUCACUCCUCGCCUCCAUGAUCGGAGCACUGGUCGCAUCCUUCCCGCGCAAACCGAGAUUACACCUCAAGGCACAAAAGCGCGAGAACCUCUUCCCAAACCACAUGAGUUUGGUCCACAGAUGUCAAAAAGUUUGUGCGGCGGCGCGAGGGCCGGGAUACCUGGAGAGUGAUAGUCUGAAUGUGUAUGAUGCCGCGACGAGCCAUUUCCUGGCGCUCAUGGGAAUCUACACUUUCAGAUGGCGUCUCGGUCGGCUCUACUUCGGAGAAUGCUUAACCAUCCUUCGAACUCUCGGCUUGCAUAAGUCCAAAGGACAACCAUACACGCAGUUGGGAACACUUCCCUCUGCUAUGGGAUCUCACUCUAGUGGAAGCCUUGAUCUCAUGACCGAGAAUGUCGACAACAUCACUCUUGAGAUGGGCCGACGAAUCUUCUGGACAAUGUUUGUCAAUGUCAAGGCGAUGGAGCAAUUGGGCGCCAGUUUCGGAGAGCUUGUCAUUCCUCCUCCAACGCAUACCGAGCCAUACCCUCCACUUCCAGCAGAGGUCGACGACUUUUGCAUCUACCCCACGCAUACCGAGGCGCAGCCCGCCGGACUUGUCCCAAUGAUCGCCGGCUUCAAUGCCAAUGUUCGCGUCUACUCCUCAUAUAACGCCGUGGCCACAAUGGAGGUGGCCUGGGGUAUUGACUCGAUCGUGGACUGGGACCGUCAGAAACGCGUGCUCCACGAAUCUCUCCGCCGGUGCAAGAAGGCCAUGACCGAAUUGCCCGCAGAACUCGUCGUGCACAAUACCGGAGCUGAUGCGCAGCAGAACGGCAACAACAACGGCUCGUACUACACAUCGAUCUCCCAUGCCCAACCGCACUUCAACCGCGACCCAGCCCAUUCCCUCAUGUCGCCGACUUCCCGCUCCUCCAUCGAAGCGCCCUCACCUGAAGACCGUCGCCGCUCCCAAUACGAGAUCCAAAAAGCGAACAUCUACGCAUCCAGCCUCGCCACGCGCUCGUACCUCGUGGAGAAAUACUGGAACCUGUGUGAAGCGUAUGGUCGCACGAGGCAGAAUCCUCGACCUUCCUCUGCUACGCCGGACUCACCGACUGCGGGCAUCAUGUCUGCUGGUCUCGAUGGUAUUGUGCCGCCUACGUCUGGCGGGUUCGACGCCAUCGAAGCGGAGAUGAGGGAAGAGCGAGAGAGUAUCGUGCGGGACCUCUUGACCGUGUUGAGUAGUAUCGACCAGGUCAACAUGGAGCCCUCGGCCGAUUCCUUUACGAUGAAAAUCCGCUCCAUCGCCAGCACACUCCUCGAAGUUCCCGACGCACGCAAAGGGCAACUCGCAAGUCAAGCGCAGGAGUACCUCUCCGCGUUCUUGAAAGUACUCACGAGACUGGAACGUGUCUCACCAGCGAACAGCGAGGAGCGGGACGCCAAUGGAAGCGCGAGUGGAACGGCCGGCGACGAAGAUGCAGAGUUGAGAAUCUGGGCGGAUCUGAGGGUUUACCAGGAGGAGUUUGCGAGGGCGGGAGGGUUGUUGGGUCUUUCCUGA